AAAAAGGAAGCAGAAGAAGAAAGAGGGAAAGCAGAAACAUACUUUUUUUUUAGACAGUGGUGAGGGACUUGAAAAAGAAAUCGGAGGAUAUGGAAACUAACAUAGAAAAGGAGAAGAAGAGGAGAAAACAACCAUUGGAUGAGAUGGUUUUCAACCGUGUUAUUCUUGCUCUGGAGGCACCGGUUAAUGCAAACAUAGAAUCAGUUUUGCAAACAUCACAGAAAAACACUGAAGGGGGUUCAAGCCAGAAAAAGAAGAGGAAGAAAAAGAAGCAUAGAACUGUGGAAACUAACAUUGAAAAGGAGAAGAAGAGAAAACAAUCAUUGGAUGUGAAGGUCUUCAACUGUGUUAGUCUUGCUCUGAAGGCACCGGUUGAUGCAAACAUAGAAUCAGCUUUGCAGACAUCAGAGAAAAACACUGAAGGGUGUUCAAGCCAGAAAAAAAAGAGGAAGAAAAAGAAGCAUAGAACUGUGGAAAAUAAUAGUCUUGCACAAAAGCUAACAAAGGUUGGUAAUAUGGGUGAGCAAGAUCUGAAAGAAUUGGAGGAUAUGGAAAUGAAAAUAGAAAUAGAUAAGAAGAGCAAACAAUCAUUGGAUGAGAAUUUGGAGGUUUCCAACACUGUUGAUCUUUUUCUGAAUGCACCUGACAAUGGAAACACAGAAAUGGCUGUGCAGUUGCAAACAACAGAGAACAACAUUGAGGGGGGUUCAACUCAGAAAAAGAAGAGGAAGAAAAAGAAGCAUAAAGCUGCGGAAAAUAAUAGUCCUGUACAAAAGCUGCCAAAGGUUGGUAACCUUGGUGAGCAAGGUCUAAAAGAAUUGCUGGGUAUGGAAAUCAAAACAGAAAAGGAGAACCGAAAACAAUCGGUGAAUGAGAAUUUUGUGGUCUCCAACAGUGAUGAUCUUGCUCUGAAGACACCGGUCAAUGGAAACAUAGAAACGUGUUUGCAAGCAGCAGAUAACAACAUUGAAGAGGGUUCAAGUAAGAAAAAGAAGAGGAAGAAAAGGAAGCAUAAAGCUGUGGAAAAUAAUUGUCCUUUACAAAAGCUGCUAGAGAUUGGUAGCCUGGGUGAGCAAGAUAAAAAAGAACUGGAUGAUAUGGAAAUUGACAUAGUAAAAGAGAAGAAGAGAAAAAAACCUGUGGAUGAGAAUUUGGAGGUGUCUGACACUGAUUAUCUUUCUCUGAAGUCGCCAGUUAAUCAAAGGAUGGAAACAGUUUUGCAAACAGCAGAGAACAACACUGGAGGGAGUUCAGGUAGGGACAAGAAGAGGAAGGAAAAGAAGUGUAAAGCUGUGAAAUAUAAUGGUCCUGUAAAAAAGCUGCUUGAGGAUGGUAACCUGUGUGAGAAAGAUGCAAGAGAAUUGGAGGAUGUAGAAAUAAACAUAGAAAAGGAUAAAAAGAGAAGACAUAUCUUGAAUGAGAAUAGGGAUAUCUCCAAUGCAGAUGAUCUUUCUCUGAAAUCACUGGUCAAUGGAAAUGUAAAGAUGGCUUUGCAAACAGCAGAGAAGAGCACUGGAGGGAGUUCAAGUUGGAAAAAGAAGAGGAAGGAAAAGAAGUGUAAAUCUGUGGAAAAUAAUAGUCCUGCAAAACAGCUGUUGGAGGGUGUUAACCUGUGUGAGCAAGAUGGAAAAGAAUUAGAGGAUGUAGAAAUCAACAUGGACAAGGAGUUGAAGAUAAAAGGAUCCUUGGAUGAGAAUAAGGUGAUCUCCAAGGUAGAAGAUCUUGCUAUGAAGUCACCAAUUAGAAACAUAGAAAUGGAUAUGCAAAGAGCAGAAAACAAUUCUGAAGGGAGUUCAAGGCAGAAAAACAAGAGGAUGACAAAAAAGAAGUGCAAAGUUGUGGAAAAUAAUGAACCUGUACGAGAGAUUCUAGAGAGUGGCAACAUGUGUGACCAAGAUCUAAAAAAUAUAAAGCAUCUUGAAAAAUUGAAUCAUGAUGUGUCCAUGGGUAGCACUUUGAUCUUAGAGGUGGUAGAGAGUGAUACUGAUUUGAAGAAGAAUGACAAGCUCGCUGAGACUAGUUCAAUAAAUAAUGGGAGGGAACAGAGGAGAAAAAGAAAGAAGAAAAAGUUGUCAUGCUCCUCAGCUAGUUCUACAGAGCCAGCUUAUGUGAUGCAAACUGUACAAAACAGUUCAGUGGAAGAGGUAUCUGUUAGUUGUUCAGAUAAUUUAGUUUCAUCGAAAAGAAAGUUGGGAAAAAACAGAAAGAAUAGGGCAAAUGAGAAUGAGUUGAAAGAGGCCCAGAAAUCAGUUGGGGAGCAUGGUAUUUCUGAGGAAACAAACUUGGAAGAGUUGCCAAAUAUGUUACAUGGUUGUUCAGAGAGAAAAUUAGAAAUAGAUAUGUUAGCUGGUGUAAAGGAAAAUGAAGAUGAGUUAAAUAAAAUUCAGAAAGCAGUACAAGAUCAUGAAUUUUCUGGGAAACAAAGUGUGGAAGAAUUUUUAACUUACUGUGACAAAGACGAAUAUUCUUUGGAAACUGGAAAUGACCUCGACAGUGCUGCUCAUAUUUUGAUCAAUCUGAGGCAUGGAAAUUAUAACUCAUUAGAGUCAGGUAAGGGAGGCCUGAACACCCAAUCACAAUCUGUUGAGAAAAUUUCCAUUGGCGAGUCUUCUGCUAAUUGUGUAUACAAGAAUCCUACACCAGGAAAGGGAGUUAGAAAGAAGAAAAAAGUGUCCCAUGCUCUUCUGGACUCCCCUUGUAACGCUUUCCCGAAGAAGCUAGAACAGAAAAAUGAGAUAAAAAUAUCUUCUGGUAAUGGUUCUGUAAUGAACGAUGAUAUUUCAGUUGGUGCCAUUAGUAAGGAAGACAACCUUCUGGAGAAGUUACCUACUUUACCAGAAAGAUCACCUUGUAGUACACCGAAAAAGCUUCUUAUUCUUGAUCUCAAUGGUUUACUUGCUGAUAUUGUAUCUGAUGCCCCUAAAGGGUUCAAAGCGGACAAGAAAAUUGCUAGAAAGUCACUUUUCAAGAGGAAACAUUGUGACGAGUUCCUGAAGUUCUGCUUUGAGAGGUUCGAUGUGGGUGUCUGGUCAUCAAGACAUAAGAAAAAUGUGGACGGUGUAGUUGAUUUUCUUAUGAAAGAUAUGAAACACAAGUUGCUGUUUUGUUGGGACCAGUCGCAUUGUACUAACACAGGGUUCAAAACUAUUGAGAACAAGCAUAAACCUCUUGUAUUGAAAGAGCUAAAGAAGCUAUGGGAUAAACAUGACCCUAAUCUUCCAUGGGAGAAGGGAGACUACAACGAGUCAAACUCAUUGUUGGUGGAUGAUUCUCCUUACAAGGCUCUAUGCAAUCCACCAAAUACAGCAAUCUUCCCAGAUUCCUACAGGUUUCAGGAUACAGAGGAUAAUUCUUUAGGCACAGGAGGCAAUCUUCGAGUUUAUCUAGAAGGAUUAUCUAUGGCUGAGGAUGUGCAGAAAUAUGUGAAGGAACAUCCAUUUGGUCAAUGUGCUAUCACAUGCGAGAAUCCGUCAUGGAGUUUCUACAGUACGAUUCUUGGUGCCAAGAUAUCUGAAGUAAAACCUUAAAGACAGUAGUACUAGCUCUCCCUCUUGCCUCCAGCCAAGAGCUAUUAUAGACUAAGUUCAGAAUGAUGCUGACCAGAUCCAGGAUCCAAACAAAUGUUGCCUGAGAAUUUUAAAGAACACCAGGUAGCACUGCUGGUGAAAGUGCAGUCAUGCUGGUGCCUAGUGUAUCUGUAAGUGGUGCCGCAAGCAU